CUAUCUGCUAUUGAUGUUACAAAGUUUUGUUUAACAAGUUAUGCAAAUUCGUUAGUGAAAUUAUACAAAUCCGCUACUCUCAACAAAAGGAUCAUUAAAGUUAUAUUAGACUUGUAUUAAAAAGACUUAGUAAAGUAUGGAUUUAAGAAUAUUCUUCGUGGCAGCUUUUUUUGGAACUGUUCUUGCUAAACAUGCAAGCAAUAUUUACAUCCCGCUUGUUAAAGUUCAGACUGACAAUAGUGAGGAGUCUGAAAGUCAAUGUGUUACGAAAGAAUACAUUGACGAAGUGUAUGCUAACAUAUCAAAUCGUAUCGAGGAACAAGAUCGCAAAUGCCAUUUAGACGGAAAAGAUUAUGCCACAAAAGAAGACAUAGCAGAAUUUAAUAGAAAAUUAAUUGCGAACAUUUCAAAAAUGCUAAUGGAACAGUUUAAAUCAAAACCAAUAGACUGCGAAGAUAUUCGAAACGACGGUAAUCUAACUACUGGAAUUUACACCAUAUACCCAUAUCAGCGAGCAGGAGGAAUUUCAGUUAGAUGCGAUAUGGAUACAUCAGCUGGCGGAUGGACUGUUAUACAAAGGAGAGUUUCUAACAGUAGCUUUUAUAGGACUUGGGAUGAGUAUGAAGCCGGUUUUGGUAAUCUCGACGAGAACUUCUGGCUUGGAAAUCGCAAUAUACAUAUGAUUACGAAUCAAGGUAGAUACGAACUUCGUGUGGACCUUACUAGUACUGAUGGUGAAACGGCUUAUGCUCAGUAUCGUGAAUUUUUUGUCAGUAAUGUCGAGUCGGGUUACAAGUUGUUUGUCAAGGGUUAUAGUGGUACUGCCGGUGACGCUCUUACGGAAACAAAUGGAAUGAAAUUUUCUACAUACGACAAAGACAACGACGUCGCCAGUAGUAACUGUGCGGUGUUGUAUCACGGUGCUUGGUGGUACACUAGUUGUCAUUCCUCAAAUCUAAAUGGCGAUUACGGCAACACCGCAUACGCCAAAGGUCCUGUUUGGGAACCAUGGAAGGGACAUUAUUCUCCUAUGAAGACCACGGAAAUGAAGGUGCGCCGAAUAGGAUAAUUCGUAUGACUGACGGAAGUUCAUUACUAUCAUAAACUUCUAAUGAUAUAUCAAAAGUAUAAACAAUAUGUUAUAUUAUACGCAUUUCGUAGAAAAAUUACUCAGAACAAAUAUUGGCCUCAGCUGAGUAUGAUAUUUCUUUGACGCUAGUUAAAAUGUUGUUAAACAAUAACUUAAAAUGAUGCACCAUCAAAUUAUAAAUGAUUAAAUUACACGAUUUACAACUGUAGCGAUUAAAUAAAUAACGAUAGCUAAAAAAUAUACAACAAUCACACUGAAUGAUUGCGUGUCUCGAUUCUGUUUCUAUAAAUCUCGUUGCCGACAACUGAAAAAAAUGAGUUAUAUCAGUUCGGAAACUGUUUCUACUUGACACGUUUUUGUAAAGUUCGCUUCAGCAGUAAAAGUAAAUUAAUUUAAUCUACAAGAAUUAUAUCAGAUAUCUAAUCAUUCCUGUCUCAUAAGAAAUAUUUCAUUAAACAAAUUUGUUCUGCAUAUUUUGCGUGAAAAUACUAAAACAUGACAGAAAAUGAAUAUUACAAUUCUGUUGAUAUAUGUAUUCAAUCCAAUGUGAUAUCAUUUAUUGCUUACACCGCGUAUUUUCUGUGAAUUCAUCAAUAAGUUGCUUAAAUAAUAUGAACCUGAGCUCAAGUCCAAUCUACAAAUCAAGAUAAUAUUCUCCUUUUCGCUGUAUACACGAGUGCCAUUGUAUAUUGGAUGGCAAUCGUAAUAAGAGGAGUGUACGAGUUAUCCACGUACAUACAGUGUAACUGACUAUAUGAUAGGCAAAUGACAUUAUUCAUAAACACUGGGAAAAACACAUUUAUUUUAACUCACAUUUUCUGUUACAUAAUCAAAGGAAUCUUUAGAUAUAAAUCAAAGUCCCGUAAGGACUGAUAGCCGACACCUGAAGAUUCAAGAUUGCAUUGUAUAUAGACAAUCAUGAUUUGAAAAAUGUUGGUAGAGGUCCACUAGACAAUGCUACAUGCUAAAUAUCUAAGUUCUGUGCAAAGACAAGAAGAUUUUUAAAGGUUUUCCUUAUAUAACUCUAUGUACAACUAACUUUGCCCCAGGGUGGGGCCAAUUUCAACCCUUACCCUAAACCCUUACCUUAACUCUAAACCCUUACCCUAACCCUAGAGCGGAGUGAUUCCGAAUAUUUCGAAUGUGAAUAUAAAGUUUAUAAUUAUUCUAGAAUCCGUUGCUGCUUGUUUUUGUUGUUUAAAACAGUAGUCCUCAUUUAACUCAUUUGCAUACACACUCGCACAAUACCAAGAUUAUAAAAAAUAAAUAUGGGACUAUUUUUACACGUCCAGAAUAUUUGUGUGAUGCGGUCACAUAGAAAUAGAAGGAAAACUCGAACGACGCGAGGUUGAAACUUUGUAGUUGAUUUAGAGCUAUAGCCAGUUGCUAUAAAGCAGUGGCUAAAAAGACGUUUUACUGUAAAGUAAAAAUAUUUAAAUUCCCAUGCGGCUGAUUGAAAGGUUAGUGUAAGGUAGAUAUUAUGUUAUGCAUAUUUAUAGUGUCUAAUAUGUUUGUAAGCAAUAAAACCUUGAUAACAUAAA